ACCACAAAAGAAGACAGCCUACGUGUGAAAUCCAUAGUGGCUUAAGCCCCAAAACCAAUGGAUAAGCCACCCUUUAUUACAGCCUCUCAACCUUCUUUCUCAUUUUUCCCUUUCCUUGUUUCCACACUUUUCCACGUUUCCUUGUUCCAGUUCCGCUAUGAAUAAACACUACCCUGUCUGAACCUUAAUCCCCUCAACACAAUCCUGUCCGAACCUUAAUCCUUAUAACACAACUCUCUCAACAAACUCGUAAAAUACAGUUUUUAAGUCCUGGUAAUGGCAGCUAUAACUUCACUAUCCUUUGCAGCACUUACUAAUCAAUCCUGUGACAGGAAACUCUCUGUUCCUUGUACUCACUUUGUUCCUAAUUUUGAUGCAUGUCGGUUCGGUCUUCGAGUUUCGACUCACUCUAAUGCGAGUGCCUCACGUUUGGUAGUUCGUUGCAUGUCUUCUGCAACAGAUGUACCCACUGUGUCUCAAACAAAAGCCAAUUUCCUUCAGGCCUACAAGCGACCUAUUCCAAGUAUUUAUAAUACUGUGCUGCAAGAGCUUAUAGUGCAGCAUCAUCUGAUGAGGUACAAAAGGACACAUUGUUAUGACGCAGUAUUUGCGCUCGGUUUUGUGACUGUGUAUGAUCGACUUAUGGAAGGAUAUCAAAGUGAUGAGGAUCGGGAGGCUAUCUUUAGAGCAUAUAUAAAGGCACUACAAGAAGACCCUGAGCAAUACAGGAGCGAUGCCCAAAAACUUGAGGAAUGGGCUCGUUCACAGACCGCCAGUACCUUGGUCGAUUUUUCUACAAAAGAAGGAGAUGUUGAAAGCAUUUUAAAGGACAUUGCAGAAAGGGCCAAGACUAAAGCAAGCUUUAGCUACAGCCGAUUCUUUGCAAUUGGCCUCUUCCGUCUUCUUGAAUUGGCAAAUGGAACAGAACCCACCAUUUUAGAAAAGCUAUGUGCAGCGCUUAAUAUAGACAAAAGAAGUGUUGAUCGCGAUCUUGAUGUAUACCGUAAUCUUCUCACAAAGUUGGUUCAAGCAAAAGAGCUUUUAAAGGAAUAUGUAGAGAGAGAAAAGAAAAAAGCAGAAGAAAGAACAGGAUCGCAAACAGCCAGCGAGGCUGUUACAAAAUGCGUGGGGGAAUACCAAUACCUUGGAUUGUAAAUCCAGUUUCCACGGUCAGGUUUUUCUAGAUAUGUAAAGUAUGAGGCCUUGCUGGUAUUUUACAUUGAUAGAGCUGGGGAAUCAGAAGCUAACUUUUCAGAUUACUUAUACAGAGUCCAAUUUUUGUUGUGUACCUAUGUAAAAUUGUGAUUUGAAGAUGUCUUAAUUCGAAGGUUGUAACUUGAUUGCAAUCAGUGUUGACAGUAGCCUACUGUAGCAUUCAAAAGUUUUACCUGUUUACAUCAGAACUCGAAUUUCUGUUUUAUUCAGUUCAAUUGUUAA